AGCCCUGCAGUAAUAGUCUAACAGACCAGUGGGGAUCCCAUCCUCUCAUAGACUACGCUUUCUGAACAUACUUUGUUCUCUAACAGUGCAGCGUGAAUCUCUAGAUGCUUGAUACAAGCUGUUAGACAGUGUUCGAUAUGUAUUCACUCUGUGAUUUCGUCAUGUAAAUAGGAGUCAGGGGAUUAAAUUCAUUACGUUAAACGUUAGUCACUUGACAUCGUAACAAUAGCAUUUUACUGUCGCGAUCCAAGUCAAAAACGAAUUUAAUACAAUUCAUUUCACGAGAGACCGAGUUCUUUUCCAUUUGUUAUCACGCUGUUAUAGCGUUGUCAUUUCUAAACAAUUUUCGUUGACCUGUGGUAUUGUUGUGUUAUAUUAGCAGUGAUUAACUGGUGAAAAGCGGCUUGAGUAUAAAUAUUCAUCGUACAUUAGUCCCAGCACGGCUUGGUUUGUUGUCUAGAUUGUUUUCAGUUUGAGGUCAUCAAAGAUUUUUCCCAUGUUGGUACGAUCCCUGAAAACCUAAAAAAAUUUUUUAGCUUUUCUGAUCACUCGUCUUCACCAUAUGAACUUUUCAACCGAUUCCCAAAACGCCCAAAUCGAUUUUUAUUAAAAAGAAAACACAUUACAUUUUCGAAAUGAAACAUUUUCACACAAAAUUCAGAGUGGAAGGAUGUUCUUUCUAUUAUUUAAAUAAGUUGUUCUAUUCCCACUAGUAUUUAAAAUCUGUUGUAAAAGUAUGAGAAAAACUGUGAGUGUGUUUUAGGAUUAUAAAAACAAUUUGAAAAAUGGGUUAUCAAAUCGGAAAAUGUGGUAUGAACUAUGAUGGAUUUGGAACAGGUUAGAAAAUAGCCCAGAUGGUUAGAAAAUAGAAAAAAUGAUUUAAAAAAAAAUUGAAAGAACCGUACUUCCACUCUAAGUCUUACAUAAAAAUGUUUUAUUACGAAAACAGAAUAUUUUUUACCUGUUUCAUAUCAAUUUAUUUAGGUGUUUUUGAGAUUGGUUUAAAAACACAUACGAUAAAGACGAGCGAUUACCGAAAAUUUUUGUAAUGUCUUAGAUUUUCGUACUAACAUAGGUAAGAUCCUUGAUGAAAUCCAACGAUAUCAUGGUCAAUCGGUUAGUGAGUCUCGUAGAAAGCCUCAUAUACAUAUUCAAUGAAACGAUAUAUUAGGUAAGUGCAGCAGCUUGAUUACUAGAUAAAAAUCAGUUGAGCUUACAAGGUUCUUUCGCUUCGAAGAAUAUUCUGAAGUCUCCAAUCCGUGUCACUUAUUUUGAAAGAUCACCAUGUGGAGGACAAAUUCUGUGAAAACUAAUUGAGGUGAAUUUACUCCAACAUUUACUGCGAUGCCCAAAUCGUGACGGGAGUGAUGAAUUGAAAUUUUAGAUUUCAAGGUGGAGUCAGGGCUCACUAUAGUUUAUGCGUAAUUGCAGGAGAUCCACAUUUGGCUAUGGUACACGUAUCGAAUGUUUUUUGUGAAACUCGACGCUAAGCGUCCGUAGAUAGGCAACCGGAGAUACACAUGAGCCCUGUACUGCCGUUUCCGAAAGUAUCUGAUCAAACAGCUGACGGAGAUUCCAUUGGUUACACAAAGAUAUCUUUUCGAAUUUAGCAGUACGGACGUCAAAUGUAAUUUUGAUUUCACAAAACACUUCCGGUAUUUUAUAUACUGACAAGAACACGUAACUUUUCAGCUCGAUGUCUAACGAAUCAUUUGAAUAGCUGUGGCUUUACGGAGGUUACCUAAUGCAGCUAACAAAAGAAGUAAUAUUGAUAAAAAGACGUCUAGAGACGUCUAUAGCCAUAGUCUUCAUACGUGUCAUUUUUUCAAGUUGCAUCCUUCAGAAGACUUUAUAAGUGCUGAAUUGAGUUCUAAAAUCUUUUCAAAACGUCUAGUAAAUAGUAUUUGACUUUUGUGUUACGUGCAGAUGGAUAGAAAAACGUGUAGAUGACACAUUCAAGCUUCACCACUUAAGGUUUAGCGAAAAAAUGUUGAGUACAAUAUUGUAUGACGUAGAUUAUUAAAUGCAUAGUUAUAAAUAUAUUUGUACAUGUAAGAAUAAUAUAUUGUGUUACGAGUAUGGAAAGUAGGCGAUUUCUGAUGGGUGUGAAGUUUGCACUGUGAGCCGAAAGGCGAGUUCUGUAAUCACGUGAGUCAGAUAUCGCCCACUUUCCACACCUGUGACACACGCUACUAUUUCCAGCACCUGUAAAGGAUAGUUUGAUUUGAGAAGCAAUAAAGGUGUCACUGACAGCGUGUAAAAUUGAAGUUGGUUAACUUGCGAUGUCAAUUACACAGCGUGUAAAAUCGAGGACGUCAGUUGUGCGUUGACAGUGAGUAUAAGACGAAUCCACUAAAGCAAUUUGUUGGUGUUGGCCGCACUAAGUUGCUGACCCCCGUUGUGUGCAGUUUUAACGAAUGGAUUAAUCUGGUUUGAUAUUUGAUAAGAAUUCACUCCGCCAUGUUCUUGUUAAAGCUCGGUGGUUAAAAAAAAAAAAAAAAAUUGUCGUGGUAACUUUUUUACGUAACUGAGGGUAUACAUGUACAUACAACGUACAGAUAUUGGGUAUACAAAUAUAUAUACACAUUUAUAUAAUCAGAGAAAUACGUAUUUCACCAAAACAUAUAUUAUGAAAAAUUGAUACCAAAUGGAGAGCACGGCGAUAAGAACAGUGCCCUAUUUAUGGGGUCAAUGUAAUUUUUUCACCAUAUAAGUGAAUCUCUACUGAUUUCGAUUCGCUCGAUAAAUAGAUAUAAUAUUAUUUGCGUCAUUUGUAUAUGCAGCCAAACCCAUUCUUGUCGCCGUCAUCGGUGUUUGAUACUGUGUACGAUGAGUUCUGUGAAUAAAAAUGACAAGCUCAAGGAAGUUCUUGGCUUGUUACUUCUGCCCGAUUACUCCAUCGCUUCGACAACAUGUCUCGACAUAUUACUCUCACACAUCGAAAACAAGAUCUCGAGCAGAGGUUGCACGGGCGGCGAUGUUGACAAGUCUAUUUUACAAAAAUGGGUUUCGAAAGCAAUGGAUACUUGGACAGUUGAAAAAAAGCCUUACCAGGCUGUGAUAAUAUUCACUAUAAAAUUGGUCAGGAUUCUUGGUCGCGAUGAAGUCGACUUUCUCUAUUGGUAUCACAAAGAUAUACUGAAUAAAUUAUGCACUGUCUUUGCUCUGAAGGAUUCCCACGUUCACUCCUCCGUUAAAAUGGCUUACACCAAGAUGCUACUUGAAUUUGUUAACCACACAAGCGGACGGCAAUGGAUCAUCGAGACUGAGGCGUGGAUAGAACAAGCUAAGUCUUGUCACUCGAAUCGGAUGCUGUACGUGACAAGAGAGAGUCAAAAAUUCAUAUGUAAAUUAUUGAUGUUCGAAUCUGGAAACACCGUGUUUUGUGGACGAGUCAUUUCCGUGGCUGCCGAACCUUUUAUUAGGAAUAAUUUCGGCCUUCAGCCUCAACAAAAGCUUGAGGAAAAUGAAGCGUUUCUUAGCGCAAUAGACGUCCUGACCGCCAUAAUGGAAAACACACUGUUCUUGAGCAUAGACAACGCGAUACCACGACUCCUGGAUUCGGUGACAAACCUCGAAUCCAGGAUAAUGGGUUUAUUCGAAUCCUGCACAAGCAUAAAAUUACACUCACACAUUAUGAAGCUGGUAUAUCUACUGCUAUUCAUGAGACUCAAAGACGGAAUCGAUGGAUCCAAUGGGGUCGUGGACCCUAAAGCAUGGGAGGUUUUUGGAGUAACUUUACAGUUCAUAGACUCGGUACUGUUGGCAAAAAAACAUAUUUUGGGCAUGGCAAACGGUGGAAAGUUGCUUUUAACAUACUGGAAAAAAGUGAAUCGAUUGUGUGAUAUAAAAAUGCCAAGUAAUUACCAAAUUGAAAAUCACGGUGUAGUUUUACUGAUGGGUCUGUUGGACGUAUUUGUGUGUGUUCCGGAAAUUCCCGAGGACGAAUUCGAAAUCUUCUUGUACAAAUUUUUCAGCGUCACAAGCACUUAUACACAAAGGUUCUGCUACAUGUUACGCGACACAUUACUGAGGGAAGAAUUGCCGAAAGAAUUGAUGGCCAAAACGUCUAUUCAAAUAAUACUAGACACGUUAGACGUCAUGGACAGGGAGGGCGUGGCGAUUUUAUUUCAAUUAAUGUCACACUUAUUGAAGCAAUAUGCAAGCGCUGGAAAUAAUGAAGCAAGUUGUCGAUAUAAUUUUACAACCAGUAAAUAUGGAAAUGAGGUUGAAUAUCAUAAGGUACCACGAUUGAAGGUGAUUCUCAAUGGCGAUCCGAUCGUUAAGUUCCCAGAGCUGUUGUCUGCUGUUCUUCAUGCUCUUGCGACAAUUCUACGUAAAUAUAAAUUCAAGUGGCAAGAGUGCUUGGAAACUAUAACCAUUCUUCCAUCCGUUCAAGCUAUCCUGAAUCAUCCAAACGCUGGUCUGAAGGUGUGUAUCCAAGCGCUUUCGCUCUGCAGAAUGGGAAUUGAGAAUUUUAUGGCACCAAAUUUGGUACUGCUGAUGAAAUUGGACAGGCAGACAGAUGAAAUGGGACUAGUACUGUGCAAACGGCUACACGAUGCGGAGUGGCAAGUCAGAGAGAGCGUUUUGCAAGUGAUAAAUACAAUUGCGAGAAUAGCCGAAGACAAAUAUCCAGCCUUUCAAGAUUUACUUCUUGCUAACCGGUUUCCAGAGUUGAUCGUUGACAUCGCUGCUACCGACGAAGUUGGUUACGUAAGAGCAACGGCGCUAAAAUGCCUCUCAAAUUUUGUGCGACUACACAAGAUAUGGACUGACAAAUUGUACCACCUCGAUCUGCCGAACGUAGCUGUAAAUUUGAUAACCAAUGAAAUGGAAGCGAUAGUAAGAAGAGAAGCUGUUAUACUUGUCAAGGAAUUGUUCGUCUAUAGGAAAUGCUUAGAAUCAACAUUAGACAAAAUCACGAACGUCAUGUCCGCAACCGCCAUUUUAGAUCUUAACUGGGAAGUUAGGGUGAAGGCGCUGGAUUUCUGGUCACAAUUUAUAAAGUCACGCCUUAGUGAUCAGGGGAUGCUAGAUGGAACUUUUCCUACCUAUACGUUUUCCAAGGAGCAUAGAAGAAUAGUUUCCCUCGACGAAGACGAGAUCAAAAAACGGAUCAUUAAAGUUCUUGACGAAUUAGCAAACCGAAAUUGUCUGAGCGUACUUCUGGCCACGUUGGACAACGACAGUGAUUUCCAAGUAUGCAAAGCUUCCGGAGAAAUAGUAAAGAUGCUGAAACAAAUAUUCGUCUCUUAUAAAAUAAGACCGUCCUGCAACACGGAAAAUGAUAUUCCUCUCGUAGCUUCAGACAGAAAUUUGAAUAGCAAGAUUUUAUCACUUGGAAAAACUCAGGAUAGAUUAUGUAUCCGAAACGAGACCCGAGAGAUUGACCAUCAGCCCACGAUACCAGCAAAAAUUAUCGACAUCGUAGAUUCUGAUGAAGAGAAUCCUUUGGGUUCACUUUACAAACGUACGUUAAAUAUGAGCAUCAAUGCACAGCCAUCGAAAAGUAAAAACAUCAAGUACGUGUCCAACGUUACUAGGAGCCAAUUCAUUCGUAUGGUUUUCAAUUAUAACAUAGACGCUUACCUAGAAGAAAAGAAUCCAUGGUUGAAAACUCACGCCAAAAGUUUCAGAUCUAUUAUCAACGAUAUUAUCGUUGCUCAUCAGAGGAACAAGGUUAACCAUAUGGAAUAUUGUUAAUAUAUCGGAUUAAGUAACAAAAAGAUCUAUCUUAUAUCACACGAGUAUUAUUUAAAUUUGUACGAUACAAUUUUUAUUCCUACGUUGUAGAAACUAGAAUGUAUAUCGAUACGUUUCGGGCCGAAAGAAAAUUGCUACAAGUUAUAGGUAUAAGAAUUUCAUCAAGAAAAAGGGACAUGAAAGAUAAGUAAAGUCUGCAAUACUUUCUGCAAAAAUUUGUGUUGCUGAGAAAAUUAAUAAAAGAGUUUUGGUCUUAUUGAAUAGAUCAACAGAAUGAAUUAA